AUGGCCGCCUUUUUGUCGCAACCUCUAAACACAAUCGUCGAGCCUCUGCCUCCUUCAUCGAGACAGCAACCCGACCGAACUCAGUCUCUCACGAGCGUCUCGCGAGCCCCAGCACCAUCACCGUCUCCAGCACCAGCAGAGCGUCGCUUCGAGGCCACCAAAUCUCCACCUCCAGUCUCACAGUCACGCCGCCACGCCAGCUCCGUCUCGAUAGGCUCAUCAUCACUGCCACGCCACCAGCGGACCACGAGCAGCAUCCUCUCACGUGCGGCUGCCGCCUUGGAUAGAACGCAGAGCGUCAUUGCCAGCAUCUCAGAGCCCGUCAUCCGGAACCGCCAGUCCAACCCGACGCUUGCUCGCCUCUCGCUCACUGCGCCCUCGCAUCAAUUGAGGGACGAGCCCGCAAGCCCUGACCGGCCAACCGCCUUCAACUACCCGAGCAGCCAGUCUUUGCUGUCCAACCCGGGAGACGGCAAGCAGUCGUCCUUUUCAUCCGCCCAGCACUCUCCCACCCUGCCUUCUACUGGCCUGUCCUCUGAAUCCUCAUCUCCAAACAAAAUGCAUCAGACAUCCUCGCGCUUGUUGCGCAUGACCGACGAUGACCGGCCUUUCACAAGAGAUUUCAAGGAUCUCUUCUCCACACUGAUUGUCAGCCUUCUGCCUCUUGGUUCCCACAGAGUGCGGUUGACCAAGGUGGACUACACUUUUCUGUCCGAGGAUGCUAUUAACAACCUGGGAUCGCUCAAGUUCUCCCAGUCCAACCGCAUGCCUGACCCCAAGGAUCCCUCAAGAAUCGUCACCACCACAACCACGACCACCUUUUCCAUGGCCAAGGACAUGGCUCGCUCAAUCUGCCAAAGAUUUGUCGAGGCCCGCUUCAUUGAGUCUGCUGACGGAAAGAUGCAGCCAGUCUACAACAUGAAGGGCUCAGUGUGGCAGCUAACGGCCAAGGGCGUUGCAAUUCUGGAUCGAUUUUGCUCUAGGAACGGCAUUCAGCAGAAGCAAGUCGCCGAGCUAGUCAGCCUCCACUGCUGCUCUCUCGUCAUUCUGGAGAGGGAGCAGCACAGCGACAAGAUCCUCAGCGACCGAGGCACUGUCGAAGUCAUCUUUCGCCGAUUUGUCGGUUCCGAGGCCCGCAAUGUCAAGCCCAACGUGGCUGCAGCCGACUCGGACUCCCUGCACGAUUAUGAGGAUGGCCUCACGGGUGUCAAGAUGGCCAAUGAGCGUCGGGUAAACGGAAAGGUGCACAAGGAUACCUUUACCGGCAAGGCCACCUCGGAUUGGCUGGUGGACUGCUGCACCAUUGUGGACAAGCGAGAGGCCAUUGAGAUUGCGUCCCUCUUCGUCGAGUUUGAGUUGAUAGAUACUGUGGUCCAGGACAGAUCGUUCAUGCUGCAGAACCCCGGCUGUCAUCUGUUCCAACCGACCAAGUAUGCUGUCUACCAAAUCUCGCAACGAGGAAAGGACGUGAUCAACGGCACCAGCUCGCGCGGCCGCCCAUCCGAGAGCGAGGCUGGCACUGGCUCACAGCGCAACGGCGUCGUUCGCGACUCCAACACGCAGCGUCUCGAGAAGAUCCUCAACGACCCCGCCCUCCGCCUCCUGUUCCGCGAGAACCUGAGGGAAACGCACUGCGAGGAGAACCUUUCCUUCUACAAGGACGUCAACGACUUUGUCACAAACUGUAAGACGGCCAUCCGACAAGCCGAGGCCAACCCCUCCAACAAUUCCAUGGAUAUCAUCAAGGAGAUUAUGGCCCAAGCCUACGGCAUCUACAACGCCUUCCUGGCUCCGGGCUCGCCUUGCGAACUCAACAUUGACCACCAGCUGCGAAAUAACUUGGCGACGAGAAUGACCAAGGCCGUUGGCCAGGAGAAUGGCAUGAUUGAGACGUUGCAAGAGGUCACUUCGCUAUUUGAAAACGCGCAAAACGCCGUCUUCAAGUUGAUGGCUAGUGACUCCGUACCCAAGUUUCUGCGCAACGCCAAGUAUGAGCAGCAGCUGCAAAACUUUAACCUUGACGGCUCUUCACGAGGUGUCGAGCGGAGCCUGAGUCGCUCCAACCGAAAGUAA